AUGGGCCCUGAGGCAGAGGGCAAGUCGGGCAAGGCGCCCUGUGGCCAGGAUCUAGGAAGCACAUUGCACACACUUGGGGGGACCUGGCACCUGGUCCCCAAGGACUCCAUAUACCCUGGAAACUGGAAACUGCAGCAGCCAGAGUAUUCUCCGGCUUGGCGGAAGUAUGACACAGACAGAAGUGGCUACAUUGAAGCCAAUGAGCUCAAGGGAUUUCUGUCUGACCUGCUGAAGAAGGCGAACCGGCCAUAUGAUGAACCCAAGCUGCAAGAAUACACCCAAACCAUACUACGGAUGUUCGACUUGAACGGGGAUGGCAAGCUGGGCCUCUCGGAGAUGUCCCGACUCUUGCCUGUACAGGAAAAUUUCCUGCUUAAAUUUCAGGGCAUGAAGCUGACCUCAGAGGAGUUCAAUGCAAUCUUCACAUUUUACGACAAGGACGGCAGCGGCUACAUCGAUGAGAAUGAGCUGGAUGCCCUCCUGAAGGACCUGUAUGAGAAAAACAAGAAGGAAAUGAAUAUCCAACAGCUCACCACCUACAGAAAGAGCGUCAUGUCCUUGGCUGAAGCGGGGAAGCUCUACCGCAAGGACCUGGAGAUUGUCCUCUGCAGCGAGCCCCCCAUGUAAAGGGGGGCCAGGGGCUGUUUCUCCGCCUCCCCCAAACCCUGCCCCCGCUGCCCUGCCACUUCUCCCCGGACCCCGAGAUCGUGAGCGCUCCUCCUCCGCCCCCGCCACCUGCACACACCAGCCUGCAGAGCAGGAAAGGAGAGAUGGAGAGUGGGUUGCUGACGGGCCUCCGGGAGCCCCCUCCAACCUCCCCGGACCUGACCCGACCCGGCAUGCUGCUCUGCCCGCAGCAGGGUACCACCCGUGUGGGCGGUGGGCGGGGCAUGGGCGGGGCUUCCCCGCCCCCCUUCGCUGUGAUGCAUGAGCUCCUCCGCUGUAUGAUCUAGGCUUCUCUGUCCCACCGAGCCGACUCUUCCCUCCCACUCCCCUCCCCUCUCCCCCGUUCCACCCCCACCUUGCUAAUGGCAUAGCUGUCUUCUCAGAGCCCCUGUUCGUGGAGGGUGCCCGCCCUUUGUCUUCUGGACCUAGCGUGCUCCUUUGCUCUGUGGGUUCCUUGUCUCCUUGUUUACCAAAGAAGCGUUUACAGACAAUAAAGUGGAAACGUUCUGC